AUGAUGGAGGCCGAGACCGGGCCGUCGGCUCCGCUGCAGCGGCUGCGGGGCGUCAUCGACGGCUUGGUGGCGGCCAGCGAAGCCGCCGGCAGCCUCCAGCUGGUGGACACGACGGUUACGGUGGCGCGCGCCGGCAGCGGGCCCGGCGCCGACACGGCCAUCGUCAAGACGCGCGUUAAGCGGCUCAGCUUCGGUGACGUGACGGAAGAGUCACGCACCUUCUACACGCCCGAGGCGGAGGCGGCGGGCGCGGCGGAAGCAGACCACUUCCGGAGCCGACAGGAGCGCGGCUCGCUGGACGCCCUGUCCUCCUAUUCGCUCUACAUGGACAAGGACCUGCGCUACUACUUCCAGCACCCGUACAUUCGCCUCAUCGUGGCUUAUUUUGUGAUCUUCUGUAAUUUUCUACUGUUCGCCGAGGACCCCGUGUCGCACAGCCACGCCGGAAAAUGGUUCAACUACGGAAUCAUCUUCAUGGUGAUGAUACUCGAUUUGAACAUGUGGAAGAACCAGUUUGUUUAUGUGCCAAAGAAUUAUGGACAGUAUACAGACCAGUAUCGCAAGAUACACACGGUGAUGGACCAAUCCGUCCUGCUCACUGGCAACCUGACGCUGUGGACCUACAAGGCGCGCAACACGACCGACUCCAGCACGGACCAGCUCUACAGACUGGAGGACAUGGUGAUGAACUCCAAGUACAUGGGCUACUCGACCAGCGUGCGGUGCACCACGUUUAUUCCUUGCGUGCUGGGUUUCGUCCUGUUCAUCAGCCUGGUCAUCGUGUACGGCCGGUUUCCUCCCAACAAGGACGGCACGUACGGCGGCCGGCUGAAGAAGCGACGCCGUUCCUCGUGGCGCCGAGAGCGGAAUACGCGGCGUCAGUCGCCGCUGCCGGCCAACUCCAGCGACCAGGAGGAGGUGCUGGACAACUCGACACUGAGUUAGCCGCCUGCCCGCCGCCAGCGCCGGCCACUCCGGACCAGUGCCAACACCGCGCGCGCUUAUGUGUGCCGUCGCAGCGCGCCGCCGCAGAGUCAGCGUGGGUGACGGAGCACGGCUUCUUCUGUGCGUUCUCUGUCGAAGACCAAAUGGUUUGAUGAACGACGUUUAAGGAUUUGUUCUCGGGUGCUGACGAGAUGUCUGCUUUUGGCGGGUCGUCGCUGAAGCGAAGCCAUGUGAAAGCCUUGUCCGGUUCCGGCAGCUGCACUGCGCAUGCGCGUUGUUUGUGACCGUGGCUAUGAUGUCAGUGAGUACACGCUGCCGAUGACCAGCACCGUAGUCGAUACAGGAGACCACCGUUUCGUGCCUGACCGGGGCAGAUAACCGUCGCAGACUAUGUACUCCAAGUGCCGAUGCGAUGCGUGCUUCAGUGUCCGUGGUCGUCUUCUGCCGCCCAAAAAGCAGUUUGGGUUUCUAUUUGCUGCGACACCACUGUCGGGUGUGUCCCCUUUAGUAUGAGCUCCUACGCCGUGCUUGCACCCGUAUUCUGCGUGCCUGCAGCAUAUUUUUAUAUUGGCCUUUAACUGUGUAUGGUGCAUCUCCGAGCGAUUUCAUAUCAUUUGCGGAAACGAAAAGGUUGUUUUUAUUCACACGAUGUUUGCGUUCCGCGCACGGAGAUUGUUACAAGAUCGAGUUUCCUCAGACCAUGUUCCCACCGAGAGCACUCAAAUGUUACGCCCGUCAUGCGCUGUAGUCCCAUGUGAGGAUGCGGGACAGUUGUCGAAAAGGGACACUCCGGAUGUCAAUUCACCCAAGCUGGCACCGGACUUUGGAAAUUCUUUGGUUUCCCUGGUAAGAGUGCUCUAGAGAACUUUGUCGGAUAUGUUGUGAGCGCUAAGCAAAAAUAUCAGCAUGGGUUGUGAUUUUGUACCUCCGAGUGGCCCCAAGAGGCAGUGGAGAAGCCGUAUGUGGGGUAUCGUAGAGCUUCUUCCCAGUUAUGUGGCUGGCACUGCUCCUUUGCAGCAUGCCGUUGUCGUACGAAGAGGGACUACUCCACCUAGGGUAAAUGCUUUAUAAGGUCGUGCAUUGCGCUUGUACAACAGACUGCCAGCAAGCGUUGCAAAUGCGCAAGUUACCUUUCACCCGCGUUUUCGUGGCUGUAUGAGUUAUGCGAUGCAUUGGAUCUGUGCAGGAUUCAAAAUGAAGAUGUUGUAUUUUGGUGACUCUAUUGUCCGAUGUAAUCUUGAUGUGCUUUAUUUGUUAAUACAAUGUACA